UAAACGUAUCCUAAACACUUUACGGGUUUAAAUUAAUACUCAGUCUAUGGUUAAAUCUAGUCCACAAAUCGCGUACCGUCUUAAUCAUGUAAAUGCAUUGCUUGAAAGCUAAACACAAAGCUGGUACACCCGUAUUCAAACAGUUGAAUCACAUUCAUACUUACACACACAUACACACACACAACAUACACACGCGCGCACUACACGGAUGGGCCCAGCGUAUCAAGCUUACUAGUCAUUAAAUACGGAUAAGCUAGAAAGCAAUGUGCUAACAUCCAUUAUUCCUGCACUUUCUCCAAAUACGUAUGACAUUCUCGUGCUGAGUUUUUCUUGUGAAAAGGCAAUUAGUAUAUGCAAUAUAUCCAACAAUUACGGGUGGACGCAUUAAUUUCGAAAUAGUAUAUCCUGACGAUACAUGAAUUUCUCUUUAUCUCUCUUUUUCUGUCUCGCACCUUCUCGCUCUCUUAUUCCCCCCUUCUCUUUAUCUCACCCCCUCUCACUCUGCUCCAUUUUCAUUUCAAAUCACAGAGAAGGUGGCCUUGAAAAUCAACGUUUAGCAGAAAACUGCCUGCAAGGUUUUAUUUCUGCACUACAAAUUCCCAUUACCUCCCAGAUCUAAUACUGAUUACGUAUGAUAAAACUGCCAAAACCCAAAAUUCCAAAGCAUGGUAAUAUUCAACGUCUCCCCAACAUCUUUUACUAGAGAGCGUCUAGAUAAUAUUGGUUUAGCACAAAGCUAGCAAUUUUCGUUGAAAUACGCUGUCUUUUAUUUCAAUUAAUUUCAAAACUAAAGAUUGGUCGGAUUUUAUUGAUCACGUGUGCGAUAUUCUAGCGAAUCGUGAGGCAAUACUGAAAAUACUCUGCCGGUUCACUACCUUCGUCUAUGUUAUAUUAUUGGUUUCAAAUGUUGGCACAAGGCUGGCAGUUUCGUGAGAGAAGUUAGAUAGAUUGCAUCGACCCCUGUGUUUAAUGGAUUAUUUUAUUGAUUAUUUUAUUGUCCCCCAAGGGAAUGAAAGGCAAAGUUGACCCCGGCCGCAUUUGAGCCCAAAAUGUAAAGACUAACGAAAUGCUGCUAAGUUUUUGCCCGAUGUUUUAACGAUUCUGCUGGUUAGCCGCCUUCUUGUAUGUUAUGGUACUCAAGUUCAAGAAAAGUUUCUUAUCCAAAAUAGCUAAAACAUCAUUGCAAAUAUCUUGAAGUUAGCUAUGGUUACCUUUAAAACACUCUAGAUUCUCAAGUUAAAGAAAAGUUUCUUAUGGUAUUAGCCAGAUAUUUUAAGCAACCAGCUGGAAAUCCGUGGGCACGCCGGGCAAAAUGCUUAACGGCAUUUUGUCUGUGUUUACGUUCUGAGUUCAAACUCUGCCGAGGUCAACUUUAUCUUUCAUCCUUUCUGAGUCGAUAAAAUAAGUAACAGUUGAACACUGGGGUCGAUGUAAUUGACUUGCUCCGCUCCUGAAAUUGCUGGCCUUGAGCCAAAAUUUGAAACCAGUAUCAUAACAUGGUUCUUUAGACGUCCUACAAUCACUUCCUAUCAGCUCUCUACAAUGAAGGUUGGAUAUAUAGCUAGUACAUACUGAAUUUUCCCGAGAAAACCCUUCUCUAGUAAGCGCCUCCAACACAGCAGCAACAUUUGUAAGUUAGCCUACUAACCCAUUCGCAAUGUGCAUAUGUGUUAUGUGCCUUCGUAUUAUAUUUCUCAUAAAUAUGGAGAUUUCACAUUGGUAGCACUAUCCACAACCUACACGUUCGAAUUAAAUACAAAUACCUCCUUUGUCAAAAAAUUCUGGAAAAAUGCCAUAACAUAGAGAUAAGGGCGGUUACCAAAGCCACAAAAUGAAAUAUUUGAAAUCUGAGGAGUAAACAAAUCAUUUUGAUUUAAAAAGCAAAACGUUAACCAGUCUUAUUAAUGGUAGAAUUAUCUAAACUACACUGAUUGGCUGAUUUCAUUAACACAAAAAGUCAGCAUCUUCCACAAAUUCUCCCCAAGAUUUUAGCGUCCAAAAUGUAACUGAUUCCUUAUUUUAACCUGUUAUGAUUUUGAAUCUUCUGAUAAUUUGGAAAUUGAUUUUUAAAUCUACAAGGCUAUCAGCUGAAAAUGGGUAGAUAUAAAAUUGGCUUACUUAAUCAGAAACUUUCCUGCAGAAAUUACUAACAAAAAGACAUUUUUUCGACCAGAGAGACUUAAAUGUGGCGGCCAAUUUCACCAUUCACGAUACACGCAUGCGAGAUCCAUUUCACUAAAUGAAAUAUCUACUAUCCCGGACGUAUAGUUCAGGAGCUUCUAUAUUCGAAUACAAAAGCGCUUCCCCACAUGGGCAUAUCCUUCAAAAAUCACUGCAACACAUAUAGCCACGGGAAAAUGGACAUUGCUAUCAGCAUCAAAGUCGCAUAAGUAAUUUGGAAAUGAAAAGAGCAUAUACAAAUUAUUAAUAACCUACACGAAUUGGAUAACAUUCACUGGCUACUUUAGCAAAUUUGGUUGAUCAUCGUGCGUACCUGUACUUAAAACCAAUAACUUUUCUCUAUGUCAUAGCAGCAUACUUAAGCUAACAGCAUAUUGGACACAGAUUGAACGCAAACUUUUGCAAUUUUACAACUCAACACAUGCUUUCUUUGAAUUUUGUUCACACAACGCCGCGAGGCUAACUCAAGCUGACAAUUAUUUUCUCUCUUUAUUUUGUCUUCGUGUACAUUUGGAAAGAGUUAUUCUAUCAAGAUUAUUAAACAUCUUUAAGAUGCAGCAGUUAUGAAAUAACUCGUUCAAAGGAAAAAGUGUAAUACUAAUAAGAAUGAAUUUAUUACUGCAAAUACAGACACAAUCUUGAUACCACUAGGCACCAGAAGGAUGCUGAUGCGAGUGUAACUAUCAGAAGUUUAUCCUGCAUACAUCAGAAUUUAAAAUGAUAUUCAAGAUGGUACUUUACUUCAAGAAUAUCUUGCAGAUUCUUUUGAUAGCGCUUGGAAACGAAGUUAUUCAACGAUCAUGUUGUUCGGUGGAAAACUCUGAAUGUUAUCCAUCACUGUGUGAUGCUGAAAGUUUGCGACGAAGAUGUUCUUGUCAUCAGUAUUGUAAUUUAUAUAAAGAAUGUUGUUCAGACGUGAUCAGGGAUACAUUAAUUGAACAUGGAACCUCGUCAAUAGAUUACAGAUGCAAGAAAAUUAAUGAUGAUGAAUUAGACAGCUAUUUUCUAUUUGACCGCUGUCCUAGCAACCAUUCAAUUACAAAACACGUCACUUACUGUGAAACACCAGAUGGGAAUGACCGAUUAUACAACAUACCCGCUUUGGGAAAACGAACUAAAAGACUUUACAGGAAUUUGUUCUGUGCUCUGUGUAACGGAGAGGAAUACAUAUUAUGGACAGUUCACUACAAAUGUGAUCAUCAGAUGGAUAUAGAUUUAUCACUAUUCCCUCACAUGCUGAGAAAUAAUCAUUGUAAUGUAUCGAUCGAAGCACCGUUGAACUUUAGCGAAUACCAAUAUCCAUGUACUGAUUAUGUUUCAAGCUGUCCCCUAAAAGUUACCAAUGCAUCUUUAGUUUCUUCUUGUACGUUUGGACCAAUGGCUAUUGUAAGAUCAAAUGGGACUAAUUUUAGGAACAUUCACUGCGCCAUCUGUAAUGGUGUUGAUAUUAAUGAUAUUGACUGUAAUGUAACUAUCUUUAUAGAAAAGUCAUAUAAUAUAAAAGUGUAUAGUCGAACAGUAAUAUUUAAUUACUAUAAUAACACUGUUGAAAUAUUAAAUGCAAAUAAUGAAAGAGAUUAUUUGAAAGAAGUGCCUUCUUGUUCACAUGGAUUUGCUUAUGAUGAACUAAAGAAUGAAUGCCGAGUAGUUGACUUUAGCUCCAUGUUAAAUUGUACAACAAAACGACUGAAAGAAUACGAGUAUAAUUUCACUAGUGAUGGAUCUCUCUAUCUGAAAUCUUCCCAAACUUUGUUAAACCAGUCAGAAUUCAAUCGAGAUCCUCAAGGAAUAAAUAUUUGUGAAAAAGAUAGUAAUGACAUGAUCCCAGGAUAUAUUUAUGUUGUGAGCGAGAUAGUAUUAGUGGGCCUAGUGACCUCUAUUCUUGCUCUAGCGAUCACAAUUAUAGUUUACCUCUGUAUACGGGAACUCCGUACAAUACCAGGUAAACUGUUCAUUAGUUAUUUAUCAUCAUUGUGCAUCGCAGAAUUUGUGUAUCUUAUCUCACGGCAAAUUACUUCAAAGUCUAUGUGUAUAGCAUUCGCUGUUCUAAAGCAUUAUUUCUCCUUGGCAGCUUUCUUCUGGAUGAAUGUCAUGUCAUUUGAUUCCUGGUACACUUUCUCGGGACUUACACCGCUUCGAGGUACAGAAAAAAAUGCAACGAAACUAAUCUAUUAUUCUAUAUAUGCCUGGAUAUGUCCCCUUGUAAUUGUAACAGUGUCACUCGUAUUUCAAUAUGUACCUGGGGACAAUGGACUUUCUCCAGAAUAUGGGAAGAAACGGUUUUGCUGGAUUACAAAUAUAAAAUUUCGAUUGUGGUUUUUUUCAGGCCCAAUAAUAAUAAUUUUAUUACUUAAUAUAUUGGCUUUCAUAUUCACUGCCAGAGGUAUCUAUAUAGCGAGUAAAAACUCAUCAAAAUAUCUCGCAGUAAAAAAUAAAAAGAAGCUGAAGAUUUAUUUAAAACUAAGCCUUCUAAUGGGGAUACCAUGGAUAUUUACACUUCCUCCCUUCGACGAAAUCCCUGAAGUUCUUCUCACUGCUUCUAUCUUUAAUUCGUUUGAUGGAUUAUUAAUUAGCAUAGCAUUGUUAUCAACUAAAAAAGUUAGACGUUAUUUUCGACUGAAAUGCUCUCAUUACUGUUGCAAAUGGAAUGGUGUUGACAUUUCUACAAUUUCUGAUCAAUAAUAAGAAACAAUGCUCAUAAUUAGUGUACUCAAUAAAC